GCCUCCGCCCGCCUUCCGGUGUCACGCGACCGCCUCCACCUCCCGCCCUUCGCUCUUUACCUCUGGGCUGGCCUGGUGGGUGAUGUGAUAUUGGGACGGCAGCUGUGCGAGUGGCGAUAGCGACUGCAGUCACGUCCGCGCCCGCGACCAUGGCCGAGUGUCAAGCCCAGAAUAAAGCCAAGCUCAUCUCUGAGACCCGACGGAGGUUCGAAGUUGAGUAUUUGACAGAUAAGCCAGAUAAAUAUGAUCCACGUGAUGUUGAAAGGCUACAACAAGAUGAUAACUGGGUUGAAAGUUACUUAUUCUGGAGACAUGACGCUGUAGAUGAAACACUGAAGAUGAUCGAUGAGAGUUUUCAGUGGAGGAAAGAAAUGUCUGUCAAUGAUCUGACUGAAUCCUCCAUUCCCAGAUGGUUACUGGAAAUUGGAGGUAUUUAUCUCCACGGUUAUGACAAAGAAGGCAACAAGUUACUCUGGAUCAGGGUGAAGUAUCAUAUAAAAGAUCAUAAAACCAUACUGGACAAAAAGAAGCUUAUUGCAUUCUGGUUGGAACGUUAUGCUAAAAGAGAAAGUGGGAAACCUAUAACAGUGAUGUUUGAUCUGUCAGAAACUGGACUAAACAGCAUAGACAUGGAUUUUGUACGCUUUAUCAUCAACUGCUUUAAGGUUUAUUACCCUAAGUACCUCUCAAAAAUAGUGAUCUUUGAUAUGCCUUGGAUAAUGAACGCUGCUUUCAAAAUUGUGAAAUCCUGGCUUGGUCCAGAAGCAGUGAGUUUGUUGAAGUUUACAAGUAAAAAUGAAGUCCAAGACUAUGUCAGUGUAGAAUACCUGCCUCCCCACAUGGGUGGAACUGAUCCUUUCAAGUAUACCUAUCCACCACUAGUAGAUGACGACUUCCAGACACCACUGUGUGAAAAUGGUCCUAUUGCCAGUGAGGAUGAAGCUUCAAGUAAGGAAGACAUAGAAAGUGAUGGCAAAGAAACCUUGGAAACAGUUUCUAAUGACGAACAAACGGCUCUUCUGAAAAAGAUUAACCUAACCGAAGCUGUUUCCAAAGCAGAAGAAAAUGAAAAGAUUGAUUCCAAGAUGAAAGGUUUCAAGAAACCAUUGAGUGUAUUUAAGGGGCCCUUAUUACACAUCAGCCCAGCAGAAGAACUAUAUUUUGGAAGUACGGAAUCUGGAGAGAAGAAAGCUUUAAUUGUGUUGACAAAUGUAACUAAAAACAUAGUGGCAUUUAAGGUGAGAACAACUGCUCCAGAAAAAUACCGAGUCAAGCCCAGUAACAGCAGCUGUGACCCUGGCGCAUCAGUUGAUAUAGUCGUGUCUCCCCACGGGGGUUUAACCGUCUCUGCCCAAGACCGUUUUCUGAUAAUGGCAGCUGAAAUGGAACAGUCACCUGGCACAGGCCCAGCAGAAUUAACUCAGUUCUGGAAAGAAGUUCUCAGAAACAAAGUGGUGGAGCACAGGUUAAGAUGCCAUAUUGUUGAGAGCAGUAAACCAACCACUCUUACGUUAAAAGACAGUGCUUUUAACAUGUCAGAUAAAACGAGUGAAGAUAUGUGUCUACAACUCAAUCGUUUACUAGAAAGCAAUAAAAAGCUUGAAGACCAAGUUCAGCGUUGUAUCUGGUUCCAGCAGCUGCUGCUUUCCUUAACAGUGCUCUCGCUUGCUUUUGUCAUCUCUUUGUUCUGUUUGUUGUUCAAUUAAAGAAGUGCUCCUCAGUAGGAAACAUGGCUCUUUUGUCCAUUAGCUGGAAAAAGUAAGAUCCAGAACGUCUCCACCAUGCUACUAACAGUGUGACCCAUCUGUGCUUCCUAAAAGGACAUGUGCAGCACAGAGGGGAACAGAUACAAGUCUUGAAAAUAAACUUAGAAUAAGGAAACACUGAAGAAAUGGAUGAUAAGAGCGUAUAAUUAGUUAUUAAUGCAAGGAAAGACAUAUCCGUUGUGUAAAUUAAGUUUAGAUGUAACUUAUUUUUUUCCUUUUGAUUUGAAUACUUUUAAAGCUUAAGUUUUAUCAUGUACAUAUAUGAGCUGAACUGAAAAGUAUAACAUGCUUUGUUGCAGCCAAAAAACGUAAUCUGCUUUUUUAUGACAUAAUUAUUAUAGCUGAGCCAACUUACUAGCUUUUCUAUGUGUAUAUAGAACAUGUAUAUUGGAAAAAAACAUACAGAGUAAUUUCUGUAAUCAUGACUUUGUAAUUUUGAGAAUUACUUCCAGACGCUAGUCAAUAUUCUUUUGGAAUGUAAAACUAUUUAAUGCCAAACCACCUUUUGCCUUUGUUUCUUAUCAGUCCUCCCUUGCCUUUUAUUAAUCUCAGACUUUUUUAUGAACACUCUCAUUUAGGUAGAAUUUGGAAAACUGAGUUUGGUUGGAUUUUCCUUAAAUUCUGUUAGUGAUGUCCAGAGGGAAUCUCUCUUCAGUCCCACUUUCCAGUCUUUCUUAUGCAGUUUCAUGUUGCUUGCUAUGGCUGGACCCCGACCUGAGCCUUUUGCUUCAUUUAUUAUAAAGGCUUGAUCCUCUACACCCCCUUUUCUAAAUGAAACGAGUUAUACAAAAUUUUUUGAAACGUUUGUUUUUGAGAUGCAUAGCAGUAUAAUUCAUUUAUAUUUCAGUUCCUUCUUAAAAUCAGCCAUAAAAGGGGAACUUGAGAAAAGAUUAUAAGGAUGAAAAAAAGAAAAAACGAAACUCAAGUGUCAGUUCUUCGGUUAAGAGUGAAAAACAAACUCGUGACCAAGUAUAUAAAACCUUCAGACCAGGGCUAAGGGACAUGCCUGAUACUCUGCUUUUGUCACAGUAAUACCAAGGACGGUUCCUAAAUUCCUAAAAAAAAAACAUCUUGCACAGGAGCAGAGUCUAAUGAAAUUAGUUUGUUCUCCUCAUUAAUAUGUCCAGUUCAGUCCAUGUUAGUUCAUGUGUAAAUCUAUUUUAUAUGAAAGAAAGCAUAGUCUGCCUGUAAAAUAAGUUGUGAGUUUUGAUUAAGCCACGUUUGGAGAUUUAUUAUUAUUAUUGUUGUUGUUGUUGUUGUUGUUGUUAUUCUGAGGUGUAGUGUUGGCAGCUUUCAUCUGGAGAAGUUGAUGGUUCCAAAAUAGAGUUAUGAAGAACAAUAUAAUAAAGUUCCUUCAAAACUGGCCUAGGAUAUCAAACCUUAAAAGGACACUGGUCUGAUACGUUGUCUUAAUUUGGGUUUUUCUGUUUCAGUUUGCCAACUCCAGACGUGCAAGUGACGGCAGUCCACCCUAAGUACUAUCCCUAGUAUCUCCCUGUGUGUGUGCACAGCGGUUUCCCCUUACAUGUUAGAUUCGUGCCUUUAAUACAAUCUAAUCCCAAAGUGUAUGUUUUAUGUUCCUCGGCAAAUAAAUGAGGAAAUAAUUAGUCAAAAUUGGAAAUGUAUUGUCCUAACAGUGUCCCUUUAAUGUUUUAUAUGAAAAUUACGUUGAUUCACUAAAAUGCUCUGCCCUGAUGUUUGGCCAGUUGAAUUUAAUAACAUAUCUUGUUAAUGUUUGUGUGUCUAUUUAAUGUCACUAAUUAAUGAAAAUUAACUAUAAAAUCAAAGCAUCUAAACUUUGGUACUUGUCUUGAUUAAUCACAUAUAUUUACAUUUGAUUUUAUUCUGUCUUGAUUUUAUUUAAUCACGUUUGAUUAUUUUUGGUACUCUAAAAUUAAUAAUUUUAUUUUGAAUCAUGUCAUUACCUGUUUGUGACAGAUUACCAAGAAUCAAUAUUUAGAUUUCAAUUGUUUUCACUUGAAGAUGGAAAUUAAUAGAUUAUGCAUGAAAACAUUAAUGGAAUGUCAUUAGUUUGAUCUGCAAGCAGCCUAAAAAUGCAAUUGCUGAUAAACCUAGCCUCAAAUUUCAUAAGAAUACCAUAACUUUUUAUAUCUUGCCACUAACUUUGACUGGAUUUAAUAGCACUUUAUUGUACAAUUGCAAAAAAAUAUAUUCCUAGAAUUGUUGCCAGUGUAAUUUCUCUAAUGUUCUGGUGCUUUUCAUAUAUUUUCAGUAUUUUUAUUACUAUAUUGGUAUUUUCUUUGUAUAAAUUGAUCAAAAGAACAUGUUU